GCGCUGGGAUGGCCUUUCCGAGCCGGCCAACUUUCCCUAACGACCUUGAUUGGAGGCCACUUUCGCGCACACGCAGCAAAUCCACGCAAGCCGGGAGAAGGCCGGAGCGCGCGGGGAGGCCGGCUACUUAAGGCCGGCGGCGGGGUGCGUCCCCCCGGCCCCUCCGCACCUAGACGCGGUGUGCGGGAGCGGGAGCGCGGAAGGCGCUGCCGGAACUCCCGUCUUCCGCCCGGGAGCAGCCCGGCUGGAGCUCGCGUCCUCCAACUCCUGUGAGCUCCGCGGGCGCGGCCUCCCCGGGGCAAGAGCAGCUGGGAUCUCUGCGGAAGAGCCUCCGCCGGGGCGGGGUGAGGGCGGCCGGGACCCGAGGGGCGGGCCGGCGCCCCACGUGCACGCAGGGCCGCUCCACAGCUCCUGCCCGCGCCAGACGCGCGCUUUCCUUCUUGCGCUCUUGCGUGGUCACUGGGGGAAGGUCCGCGCGAGUUCGGGGUCCAGCGGUCCGAAGCUGGGCUGGCUCCCCAGCUGCGUCCUGCGCUCACCGGCGGACUGGACCAGGGGAGGGACGCAGGGCUCAGAAGGUGGCUUCUUGCGGGAAGAUGAGGAAGCCCGACGGGAAAAUCGUGCUUCUGGGGGACAUGAACGUGGGCAAGACCUCGCUGCUGCAGAGGUACAUGGAGCGGCGCUUCCCCGACACGGUCAGCACGGUGGGCGGCGCCUUCUACCUGAAGCAGUGGCGCUCCUUCAACAUCUCCAUCUGGGACACUGCAGGGCGAGAGCAGUUCCACGGCCUGGGCUCAAUGUACUGCCGGGGAGCAGCCGCUGUCAUCCUCACCUACGACGUAAACCACCUGCAGAGCCUGGUGGAGCUGGAGGACAGGUUCCUGGGCCUGACGGACACGGCCAGCAAAGACUGCCUAUUUGCCAUCGUGGGGAACAAAGUGGACCUCACUGAGGAGGGGGCCGCAGAGAGUGGGGAAAAGGAGGGGCAUGACCCCAGCAAGGCUGGGGGAGGCUGUGCUUCCCCCAGGGUGCCCAAGCAGGUGCAGCUGGAGGAUGCGAUGGCCCUUUAUAAAAAGAUCCUCAAGUACAAGAUGCUGGAUGAGAAGGACGUGCCGGCUGCUGAGCAGAUGUGCUUCGAGACCAGCGCCAAGACGGGGUAUAACGUGGACCUCCUGUUUGAAACCCUGUUUGACAUGGUGGUGCCAAUGAUCUUACAGCAGAGGGCUGAGGGGCCGCCGCAGACUGUGGAUAUAACCAGCAGUAAACCCACCAAACGGACCAGAUCCGGGUGCUGUGCCUGACCUGCAGAAGGCCUUCCUGACCCUUGGUCUGUGCCUGUGGGAAGCCAGCUGGGGUCAGAAAAGAGCAUAAGAAAUCAGGGAGUCUCUGUAUAGUGCAGUACACGAGGAGUGCUACUAGUCACUGAUGAAGAUCAGUGUGCACAGGCGCCUCAGUGGGCCAGGAGGUGGGGACAGGAACACGCCACAGAAACUGCAGGGCCAGGACAUGGAUGCUGCCUCUCCCGCUACCUCUGCGUCCCAGGUCACACCUGCGGUUGGCUCCCGUCCUCAGGUCUGUCCCCUGCCUGAGACCUGCCCUGCACCCUCUGUGGCCACCAUGCUGUGCAGCUUUAUGCUUGCUGCUGUUCUGGAACUUUCACUGUGAUUUCCUUGUAGUCCUCCCCUUUGGUACUUGUACUUUGACACAUUGUGAUAAUGAUUCUCCACAUUUAAUUUAUACGAAAUCAGGAAUGCCUAUUUUAUAUUGGUUGAAACACUGUGCGCUACACAUUUUAUUAAAGAUGAUUUUGGGGAAA